UCCACUGUGUGCAUAUGCGUGUGAAAGAUCUACUAUGAGCUCGAGCCAGCAGGAUAGACGAGUUCACACACAUAUAUUAUACAGAGGAAAUGAGCAACAUAUACUAUAUAUCAACAUCUGUAUGCUCCAAUGCGUUGUUAGGAAACGAAAUCGUCUGAAUGCAAUCUACAUGUGUGUGCGUGUGUGCCUAUAUAUAUAUAUGUUUAUAUCUUCGUCCCUUAUCUUCCUUUGUCUCCAUCAAACUCUGCCUUGGCGAGAUCGCAACUCAUCCGCCUCCUACUGUGAACCGUUAGUUCCAAAAAUCACUCUGGCGAAGACCACAAGGUUUCAAUUUUACCGUUUGAAUAAUGCUACCAAACAAAGGCGUGACCUUGGCCACUCCGAAUGAAGGAGACCCUUUGGAUAUUUGUCACAUAUUAACUGUAAUUUCAACAUCCAAAAUAAGCUUUCAAUGUUUGGAAAUCGAAGUACAAUCCAUAUGUUCCCUUCAAUGUCAUAUAUUUUCACUACUACUUUUUUGCCCUCGUUGUCUUGAUUUCAGUUAUCCUUUGUUUGGGGUCUCAUUCUUUGAUUCAUGGAAGCUUGCAAACCUCCAUCGCCACCUUCCAAGCGAAUGGAUCAGCAAAGGAUUGACUCAGAGGGUCCAUACCGUCUUCUACACUGUUCAAGUAAAGGUGACAAAGGGGGUGUGAUGCAAGAGUUAGAGAAAGGAGUAGAGCCUAAUCUGGGGGACUAUGAUCAGAGAACAGCACUUCAUUUAGCAUCCUGUGAAGGUUGCACUGAGAUUAUUGUCCUACUUCUUGAGAAAGGAGCUGAUGUGAACUCCACGGAUCGCUGGGGUCGCACUCCACUAUCAGAUGCUCGUACCGCUGGCCACGAGGAAAUCUGCAAAAUUUUGGAGGCACAUGGUGGAACUGAUCCGGUGGGUCUUGACUCCCAGAAUCCAUGUUAUGAAAUUGAUCACCAGGAAGUGGACAUGAAUGUUGCAACUCCUAUUGGAGAAGGUACAUUCGGUGAAGUUUAUUUAGUGAGGUGGCGUGGUACAGAAGUUGCUGCAAAAACAAUUCGUUCUUCCAUUGCGUCAGACCAGAUGGUGAAGAAAAGUUUCUUGAAGGAACUGGCUUUGUGGCAAAAGUUGCGCCACCCCAAUAUAGUGCAGUUCCUUGGUGUUUUAAAGGACUCUGACCGCUUGAUCUUUCUUACUGAAUAUUGCGGCAAUGGAAGUUUGUAUGAUGUUAUGAGAAAGAAAGGAAGAAUUGAUUCAUUGACAGCUGUUGCUUAUGCCUUAGAUAUUGCAAGAGGUAUGAAUUAUCUGCAUCAGCAUAAACCUCACGCUAUAAUACACCGAGAUUUGACCCCAAGAAAUGUAUUGCAAGAUGAAGCAGGACACCUUAAAGUCACGGAUUUUGGCUUGAGCAAAGUUGCAGAGAAAAAAGAUACUCGAGGUUAUAAAAUGACUGGGGGGACAGGAUCAUUUCGUUACAUGGCUCCUGAGGUUUAUCGCCGUGAAUCAUAUGGGAAGAGUGUUGAUGUCUUUUCCUUUGCCCUAAUAGUACAUGAGAUGUUCCAAGGGAGACCAUCAAAUAUUGCAGAAUCUCCAGAGAAAGUUGCAGACAAGCGAGCAUAUGAAGAUUCCCGACCUCCUCUCUCUUCAUAUGUUUACCCCGAGCCAAUCAAGAUGCUUCUUCGAGAGUGCUGGCAUAAGAAUCCAGACUGCCGACCUUCAUUUGAAGAUAUAAUUUUACAGCUGGAGAAUAUCCAAGAGAGUCUGCAAUACAAGAAAGGAAUAGGAGCCUGCUGUAGUUGUGCUAUUUUAUAAGACAGACAAGUUUAUAGCAAUGUUUAUACUUGAUCUGUACUUUUCCUUUUAUAUUCCAUGUGUUUUUCAGAGACAGAGACUGAUGAACCUGUUUAAAAUGCUAAGCAAGGCUUGGGAGUUGGUGUAGAAGUUGAAUUUGUCUAAGAAGCACUUCUUUGGUGAUAUUAGGGCUUUGCACCCAAUGAUAGACAACAAUGGUGAUAUUGAUUAAGCUAUGAGCUAUGGCAGUGAAUGCUUUUUCAUGGAGUUUGCAGGGCAAGACUUUGUAUCAUUCUUGUAUGUAUAAAUAAGAAGGGUACGCAUCUUUUUGUU